AAACAGUCGAAAGCACUGGAAGUGGUGGCGGAUGUGACUAAACCGGAAGACUUGCGACGACUUGUGGACACAACUAUCAAACACUUCGGAAAACUCGAUGUUUUGGUGAAUAACGCCGGCGCCGGUAUUGCCGCUAACAUCAGUGAUAAGAAUUUUUACGACAAUUACCUGAAAGUAAUGCAAAUAAAUCUCAAUUCUGUGGUCUAUUUAACGCAUAUAUGUGUCGAGCAUUUGGAGAAAACAAAGGGAAAUGUUAUCAACAUCUCGAGUAUCGCUGCCAUGCGAGCCAUGUCUGGUUUCAGUCCCUAUAGUGUGGCGAAGUGUGCGAUGGAUAUGUUCACCAAAUGUAUGGCUGCGGAGUUGGGACCCAAACGUAUUCGCGUUAAUGUCAUCAAGUAAUUCAUAAUUAAUAUCUAUAAAAACAACAACAAAAUCAAUGUCUAAAAUAAAAUGUCAAUCCUCUUA